CUGCUACGCACUGUUCUCCUCUGGACAGCGACCAGCGAGGGUGUGGACAGAGCUCAGACCCCCAAUACCACCCAGAAACAUCCGGGCUCCGGGUUACCUCUAUGACUGACCUUUUGCAGCGUUUAUGAGGAAUAUGCGCGUGGGCCUGAGUGAUGACCAGAUGAGGGGCUGAUGUGUGAUUAUUAGUUCUGCCCUCACACCCAAAACUACUCAAACCUGUUAGAGGGGGGACAGAGGGGACAGAGGAGGAGAUAUGGACGACAUCUUUACCCAGUGUCGGGAGGGGAACGCUGUGGCUGUGCGUCUGUGGCUGGACAACACAGAGAACGACCUCAACCAGGGAGAUGACCAUGGCUUCAGCCCCUUGCACUGGGCGUGCAGAGAGGGCCGCUCCAGUGUGGUGGACAUGCUCAUUAUGAGAGGAGCCCGUAUCAACGUCAUGAACCGAGGAGAUGAUACACCGCUGCACCUGGCUGCUAGCCAUGGGCACAGGGACAUUGUGGGCAAGCUGAUCCAAUGCAAAGCAGACACCAACGCAGCCAACGAGCACGGCAAUACUCCACUGCACUACGCCUGCUUCUGGGGACAGGACCUGGUGGCCGAGGACCUUGUGACAAAUGGAGCACAGGUGAGCAUCUGUAACAAAUAUGGGGAGACUCCAGUGGACAAGGCCAAGCCCCACCUGCGCCAGCUUCUCACAGACAAGGCAGAGAAGUUGGGCCAGAGCAUGGCGAAGGUCCCCUUCAAAGACACAUUCUGGAAGGGCACAACUAGGACCAGGCCGCGCAACGGCACGAUAAACAAACACGCCGGUGUGGACUACAAACAGCUCUCACUUCUGGCCAAAAUCAAUGAAAACCAGUCAGGAGAGCUGUGGCAGGGACGCUGGCAGGGGAAUGAAAUCGUAGUCAAAGUUUUUAAAGUUCGAGACUGGACAACGCGGAAGAGCCGAGACUUUAACGAAGAAUAUCCCAAACUCAGGAUAUUCUCCCACCCGAACGUGCUGCCCAUGCUGGGGGCGUGCCAGUCUCCCCCCGCCCCUCACCCCAUCAUCAUCACUCACUGGAUGCCCUACGGCUCCCUGUACAAUGUGCUACAUGAGGGCACUAACUUUGUGGUGGACCAGACACAAGCGGUGAAGUUUGCUUUGGACAUCGCCUGUGGAAUGGCCUUCUUACACACACUCGAGCCCAUGAUCCCACGCCACUAUUUGAACAGCAAAAGUGUCAUGAUCGAUGAGGACAUGACAGCCAGGAUCAGUAUGGCAGAUGUCAAGUUCUCCUUCCAGUGCCCAGGCCGCAUGUACUCUCCCGCCUGGGUGGCCCCUGAGGCCCUGCAGAAGAAAUCGGAGGAGAUAAACCGUCGGUCUGCAGACAUGUGGAGCUUUGCCAUCCUGCUGUGGGAGCUGGUGACCCGAGAAGUACCCUUCGCUGACCUGUCCAACAUGGAGAUAGGCAUGAAGAUUGCCCUGGAAGGCUUGAGGCCCACCAUUCCGCCCGGCAUCUCCCCACACAUUUGCAAACUCAUGAAGAUCUGCAUGAAUGAGGACCCAGCCAAGCGGCCCAAGUUUGACAUGAUUGUGCCCAUCCUGGAGAAGAUGCAGGACAAGUGACCCCUCCCUAUCCCCCUGAACACUCACUGGAACAGCCCACCCUUGCCCCGCUCCCUCUGGACUCACUGUGAUGGUGCUGUGAUGCCUUAAACUGUAGCUUCAACCCCCGAGUCAAUCCAGCAGAACUUUUCUAUACCUUUGGGUGUUCCUUUCAAUGUUAUGUCUCAAAAUAUCUUCAAAAACACAAGAAUGUAUUGAUACUUUGCGCUGACAUCUCGCUGGGGGGAACUGCAUAUAUGUUUAUAAAGUUGUUGAGUCACUUCCAGGUCCAUCAGUUGGUUGGAAACAAUGUGUACGGUUUUGCAACAACACAUCUCAGGUUAAAGGUGCACUAUGCAACUUUUCUGUUAGGUGUCCAGCCAGUCCAUAGGUGUUUUUUACGAUAAAAUGAUACCUUGAAAAAUAUGCAUUCUACUGUAAGCGAGCCCACCACUCCACAGAUCUGACCUGUGACAUGGCUUGGUGCUUGUCUCCGUGGAAAUAAAUACGUUUAAUACCAUACUGCAACAACAUCUCUAUGGUGACGGACCUUCCACCCAGAAAGUUACAGUGUGCACAUUUAAAAAGAGAUUGCAGUUGUUAAAAUCUAACAAGGUUAUAAGUGUGAGUGUAUAGUUACAACUGACAGGAGGUGUAUGGGAGAGGUUGAGAUAAGGAGCUAGACUAGGCUUAGCUAACAUUAGCGGUGACAGGCAGUUGGUGAGAUAUAUGCUUUUAUAUAUACACUGUUAUAUAUUUUAUACAGUUUGUGGUUAAACAUAGACUUUUGAAAGGGAAGUGUCUCUUGUUUAAUGAAUAAGGAACAAAAAGAACAAGAAAAAAAAAUACAAAAUGGAUUUAAAGAUGCACUAUAUAACUUGCAGUGGACAGUCCGCAAGCUGCAUGUCUCCAUGGUGAUGUUAUUAGCCAAUCCGGAUCGAGGCUGUUGAAGGUAACAUCCCAUCUCGCCCGCACCACUGGUUUGGCAGGGAGCGGGCAUUUAGCAACGCUGUCAGUCAUACCUGUUGCUAACGCCAAUGGGAGCAACCUUGGGGGAAAAAGGCAACUGAUUGGUCUCUUAUCAAUGUUCAUUGUAUCUUGAUUUUUGGACUAAAUAGUGAGGCAAAAAUACCAGGAUCAUGUAGAGCAGGUUAAUACAAAAAUUUUAAGACCAAAAUCUUGUCCUAGCCUGACAGAAGAAAGCGGAGGAGCCUGACACCCCACCCCCAGGGAAUAUUGAUAACAUCAGCUGCAAAGUAUCAAUUAAAAUCAUCUGGACUGAAAGGCAGUGAAGCAUGUUGGCUUGCUGUAGUCCUCAUUUGUCUGCAAGUGUUGUAUGUUGAAUGACUUAAGAUACUGUACGCUACUACUCCAGCCUGAGAAAUGUAUAACGUUCAGCUUAAAGCAUUAUGUAACUUUUCUUGUGAGGGUCUACCAUCUGCUUGUCUCCACUGAGCAAUUAUUCCUUUGCCUCGAAUUUUCUACUGUACUUAAAGGGCCUAUAUUACACUUAAAAAAAAAAUAUGUUGUUUUCUCAUCACAAACAUACCUGGAGUUGUGUUUUGUUUCAUUCACACGUGUUUAACAAACAAACCCUUCAUAUUUAGGCUUCAUGUUCUUAGUUCUUCUCUCAAACAACAAACUGUACCACCUUGUGAUGUCAUGCUGGAAUACUGGAAGUGCUACACUGUGUACAUACACCUUCAAUAGGAUCAUUUCAGCCCUGGAAUUGCUGAUCUCUACUGAACUAAAGGUAAAAGGAGCUGUUAACUUGAAAACUACCACUUCAUGGCAUCACAAAGUGGAACAGAGUUUUUUCUAUUUUGAGUUUUGGAGAUGUAGAUAAUAAAGGGUUACUCAAACGUGUGAAUGCAACAAAACACAAGUGUAUGUUUUUGAUCAGGUCACAUUAGAACAUGGCUUAAAGCUCAAAGUCCAUUUUGUGUAAUAUAGGACCUGUCUAUCUUCAUUUAAUUAGUUGCUGAAAAGCAUGUAUUCUUAUUGUGAGCAGGCUCUCUUCUCCACACAUCUGACCAGCAGAAAAGUUACGUAGAGUGCUUUUAAAUUUUAAGUAAAAAUGUAAUCCGUUUCUUCAUAUAUACACAACCAUAGACUCCAUUCAAUGUAUAUGACUCCAACUCAGAUGUUUUGUUGUCUUUGUCUUCAUCUGGACCUCCACCAGCUUUGUGCAAAAUCAAGAAUGUGGAAAAAGAUCAUAAAUGUAAGUAUUUAUAAGGCUAUAUUAAAGUGAAAACUACUAAAGUCUA